AUGGAGGAUGAGGGGUUCCUAUUCGGGUUCGGGGUCAUGGAUGUCAUCUUGUGGAUUUGGAGUUUGUUGCCGUUCGAGGUGAAGAGCUAUUUCUGGAUGUGUGUCUUGACGGUGCUGUUCGUAGCCCUAACACUGGCCUGCUGCUGCACAGUGUGCUUCUGUUCCCCAUGGUGUUGUUGUGCCGUCUGGCUGGAGCGCCGGAGGCGACAACGAAGCCGAGACCGGAAGGAGCUCGCCUUUGUUACGGAGCGGCAGAACUCUAUCCACCCGGCACCAAUUAUGUACCUCCAACAACCGUCGGCACCACCUUACUCGCUCGUC